AUGAGUAACUGCCGUAUCGAGCGGAAGCGAGCUCACGACAGAGAAGCCCAGCGUGCAAGUCGAGCGAAGACGAAGGCGUAUAUCGCUCACCUGGAAAAGGUCGUCGCAGAUUUGAGCGACAGCGCCGGAGACAAUCGAGCAAACUACCUGGCCCAGCAUGCCUCAAAGCAAGCACAAGAAAUUGACAAUCUCCAAGGCCUCGUGGGCAAGAUACGCACUCUCGUGCAUGACCAUGCAAAGUCGGAGCAGAGCUCAUCGCCUCAGACGGAAGCCGCCAAGCUGAAGUUUGAGGGUUCGACCGCAGAGUCCGUGUUUGAAGAGGGCGAAUCUUCGCACAAUACGGAAUCCUUUACCGCUGGCAUCAACUGGGAGGACUCGCCUAGUGAGGACCAGGACGUCACAGAAGUAGCCAAGCCUGCGGAAACGGAAGCUCCCAAACCCAAGGCCCGCGCAAUGUCAGCAACUCGCAAUCUGAUUGUCAUGGGCAUCAAUCUACUAUGUCAGGAUAGCGACGAGUGCACCUACUUCUCUCGUCUCAAUCAGGCAAUCAUCAAGGUCGAGAAGACUCCCGAUCAUCUAUCGACUCUGGAAGAAGAUCAAGAUAUCCUCAUUCGUGCUAUUCUGCAUGGCUGGGAUGCCGCAGAGCGAGUACAUCACUUCGACAUUGUCUGGCGAUUUUUACGAGCGUUCGAUGAGGGUUUAUGGUAUCGUGCCGCACCUUUGGAGAGAGCUGCGCAUUUCUGGCAAAUGCGUUGUACAAUGCUGCACAAAAUCAAGCCCAAGAAUCAAGAAAAGCGCUCAGCUCCAGCGUUCAUGGCUCCAACGGUCGGACAGCAGACCGUUACCAAGUACCCUGCGGUUGUCGAUUACUUUGGCUGGCCGCAAGUUCGAAACCAUUUGCUCAAGCAAGGCAUCAAGAACUGUCCCGGAAAAUGUUCUGUGGCAUUUGCAGAAAGCUUCCGCUUCGUCUGGCCGUACGAACUCCGCGAUGUGUACAAAGUCAAACGAUCGACAGGCAUGUAUUCAUUCUCAGAAGACUUUCUCAGGAGCUGGAACGACUUGUCGUGCUACCGCAUGCUACAGAAUAACCUGAUCCCGUACUACGUCCACCCGAGCCUUGCACAGGCGAUACCUCAGCCCAAGUUUGAUUCUACAUUCAGCUGUGAUGACAGCGACGAUUCCUCCGACGAAGAGGUCCUGACGACCACGGCGGCGUCUGCUGGUUUCCCGGCUCUGGACGCUCUGAUGCAUGAUCAAUCUGUACCGGACUGGAUCACCUCGUUCAACAUGGAAAUCUCUGGCGACGCCUCACAAUACUUCGCCGACCCUUUUUCGAUCGCUCACGAGACAAAUCUCGCACAGUGGCCCGGCCUUUGA